ACAACCAAACUUCCCAACCCUCAUUUCUCUCUAUCUCUCAUUCAACCAAUUCACAUCUCUGCAACACCGCAACCAAACCCAUAAUUUUGCAGUUACCCGAAUAUCAAUCUCCUAAUGUGGACACCAUGGAAGAAAAACAACCCAACAAGAAUCCACAAUUCUUCACCAGACUUCUUAUGUUCAUCAUUCAAAGACAUACAAAAUCUUUGUAAAGAAGAAGAACCAUCAUCACAAGAUCAAAAGGCGAAAGACCCAAAAAAAGUAUUUCACCGUGUACGUAUCGCAACCUCCGUAUUACGUAGUUGGAAUUCAUGGAACUCGUUUUCACGGCAACCCAAUUCUCCAUUCUUAGAACCGUUAAAUAUAUCACUCCCCGGUUCGGAGAAACGUAUAGUUGUAUAUUUCACAAGUUUACGUGUAGUUCGUAAAACGUUUGAAGAUUGUCGUACGGUUCGUUCGAUUCUACGUGGAUUUCGUGUUUUCGUGGACGAACGGGACUUGUCCAUGGAUUCUGGUUUCUUAGAAGAAUUGCAGGAGAUAUUAGGAUCUAAGGUACAAGUAACAUUGCCAAGGGUAUUCAUUGGAGGCAGAUAUUAUGGUGGUGCUGAAGAAAUAAGACAACUGCAUGAAACAGGAGAAUUAAAGAAGUUGAUUGAAGGUUUUCCUAAGGUAGAACCAGGUGUAUGUGAAGAUUGUGGUGGGUAUCGAUUUCAUCUAUGUGAUCAAUGUAAUGGUAGCCGUAAGAUUUAUCUUGAGAAAGGUGGAGGGUUUAAAACUUGUUCGAGUUGCAAUGAGAAUGGUUUAACUAGGUGUCCUACCUGUGCAUCUUUAGAAGAGUGAUACAUAGAAUCACCCAAAUCAAAAUGGUAACACUUUCUAAUUACCAGGGUUAAUUUUUUUGUUAAUUCCUUUCAAUGUAAUUUUAUCCUUUGAUUACAUUAAUUACAAUACAAUUCUUUUUAAUUAUUUUCUAA